AUGGAAAAUACCAGCUGUAAUGACUCAGUGAGCGCUUUGGUGCUGAAUGGAUGCCGGACAGACAUUGAUGCGCUGCGGACGUUCAAAUUAGUGUUGACAUCAUUAUCUUUACUUUUGAUUUUUCUAUCCAGCAUUGCUGGUAAUAUGCUGGUGUUUUUAAUAUUUAUGAAACGUCCUGCACUUCUUACGAUUUCCAAUCGCUUUAUAAUGAACCUGUCCGUGUGUAACUGUCUCAAUACGCUGUUUGUGAUGCCAUUUAUGUUCGCCUCACUCAUUUCCAAGGAAUGGAUUUUUGGAGAUGUGGUGUGUCGCGGCACCGGAUUUUUAAUGAAUACAACGUUUGCGGCCAGUACCCUGACAUUAGUUGCUAUUUCAAUUGACAGAUACUGUGCAGUAGCUAUGCCCUUGCACUAUACUAUGAGAGUUACUUCCAAGCGUUCCAUUGCUAUGAUUAUUUCCGUUUGGACUGCCGCGGUGGUUGCGUCACUUCCGCCGUUGUUGGGAUGGAACAGUUAUGUUUACCAGGCGGACAAAGCUUCAUGCACUGUACUUUGGAUGAACAGGGACCCAUUUGCCCGAUACUACACACUGUAUUUGGUCGGAGUCACUUUUAUUUUGCCUCUCAUCGUUCUGGUGGCCUCUUACGUAGCCAUAUUUCGCUCGGCGAAAAACAAUUUCGAAAGAACCAGACGAAACAGUAUAGUGCCCUCAAAUAGUAUAGACGACGGAACUCAGACCCCGUUAAGAGACGGUAGACGACGGUCGAGUACGGCGCCCAUCUUGGUGCGGCGCCUUAGUUCGUCAAGUCGUAUAGCACCUCUUCCAUGGCAUAAGGACGAAUGGAAGACGGCGCUUACCAGUCUUCUGGUUGUCUCUACUUUUAUCAUUUGCUGGGUACCUUACUUUAUUAUCAUUGUGCUAGAAUCGGUUCUCAACGACCCGAACGUCAUUUAUCCUAUCCUAGAACUGAUUUCCAUACUCUUGGCUAUGUCGAGUUGUGCCAUCAAUCCCUUUGUGUACGUGUUCAGAAGUAAUGUAGCUCGACAACAGCUUAAGAUUAUCCUUGGUUUGAGAAGAGAACGUGAAGAGUACGCGAACGAAUCGCGGAGAGGAAGUGUGUGUGCAGCCAUCAAAGAAGGCAUCAUACGUCAGAGCAGUACAGAAUCAGACCUGGACGAGAAAAACAUACAAAACACGGUGUCACCGCCAAAAAAAUCGGCCACAUUAACGACACUGGUUCACGUGCCCAGCCUUGCUUCCAUGAGAGCCUGA